UCGGAGAAAUAAGCACAUCGGUGUUUCGAAUUCACUGUUUUUCAUUUAAUCACCGGUUUUCUUUGCGUCCCUUGUUGUUGCGAGUCACAGCAAAUGCUUAAAGGCCGACCGAAAUCCGCAGUCCCGGUGAACACUGUCGUACUGGAUUAUCAAAAACUUUCGAAGAGCAGUAACUUUGCAGACCGAACAUGGCCAGCAGCAGUGACUCCAGCAGUGACCUGGACGAGGAGCUGCCGGUGUUCGACUUCCUCCUGUCUGGUCGACAGCUCGACAAACCGCAGCCCGUCAACUCUGACGGCGAAGAGUUGGCCGCCCCUUCCUCGGUGGUGAAGGGCGAUGCUGACGUGAUGAUGAUCAGCAGCGAUUCUGAUGAUGAUGCUCCUUACGUCCCGCUGGCUCAGAGACUCCAACAGAGGCGAGACGAUGCGAUUCGUGCCUCCUCCUCCUCCUCCUCCUCCACUUUCACUAAUGGGAAAAUCUCUCAGCAGCACUGCACAGCAAAACAGACCACCUUGCAACUUUCUCACCAGAACGGCUCUGCUGACUCCUAUCGGGUGAUGGGAGUGGGCCGAGAGGCCUCGGACGAGCAGGAGAACUUCCCUCUUCUUCCUCCAGUGCGUCUCGGCUCACCUGUCAGGAAGAAAGCCGCCAAGCGGACAGCGGGGGAGAUCCAAGCGUCCCGGGAGGAGGCCCUGAAGAGGAGGAGGCAGCAGCAAGACAAGGAGGCGCUCAGGCAGGAGCAGCAGAGGGAGAAAGCAGAGAGGAGAGCUCUGGCAGAGAAUGCCAAAGCCCUGAGGCCAGAGGAGUGUAUCAAACACAUGGUGGUGGCAGUGGACCCAGCUCUCUUACAGCUGGAGGGAGGAGGGACUCUGCUGGACACCGUUCAGGCUCUGGGCUGCAGCUGUGCCAUCGAGAAACAAGCGAUCCCCCGCAGCGUGAGCUGGAUGAGGAGGACUCCCUGUGCACAGACAGGCGAAGCAGCGUGUGUCCCGGAGGCCCAAGUGGUGAUGCAGAUGACGGUGGAAGACUUCAUCACCCUGAUCCACGGCCACGUACAGGAGCAGAGACACGGCUGGAGCGGCGGCGGCGGCGGUGGCCCCUCGCUGACCUCCUGGGUCCAGGAGCGACAGAAGCAGCACCCGGACAAGCUCCUGAGCCUGGUCGUCAUCCAGCUGGACAAAUACUUCAAAUCGCACAAGUCCAAAAACCAGAAGAGUCUCCGAGACGCGGUGCUGGGAGAGGAGGCCGGAGGAGGAAAGCCAAGGAAGAGGAGGAAGGGCGGAGCAGCUGAGCUGCUGCCGGAGGUGUCCCGGGUUCAGGUGGAGGAGGCCUUGGUGCACCUGCAGCUUCACACCGGCGUCUCGGUUCACUUCGUCGCUACCUGGCAGGGCUUCUCCGAUCACGUUGCCAUGACGACCAAAGCCGUGGCCGAGGCCCCUUUCAAGAGACAGCGGGACCAGACGGGCUUCUCCUUCCACCUGGAGAGCGAGUGGGCCGGGGGCCAGCGGGUGGACCGAGCCGGGAAAGGCCUGCUGCAGGUCUGGAAGAGACAGAUCCAGCAGCUCCACAGAGUCAGCCCGGACAUGGCGGCGGCCAUAUUCGCAGCGUUUCCCUCCCCGCAGCUGCUCAAGAAGGCUUACAGUCAGUGCAGCACCGAGCGUGACAAAGUCUCUCUGCUGUCUGAGCUUCUGAUCCGCAGAGGAGAAGGAGUCACUUCCACCACCCGCAGAGUCGGUCCAGAACUUUCCAAACGUCUCUACCUGCUGAUGAACUCCUCUGAUCCCGAGCAGACUCUGGACUCCAACCUCUAGAGUCCUCUGAUUUCAACCGCAGUGUUUAAUGCUUGGAUUGAAUGAGUAGAAAUUGGUUUU